GGGGGAGCAAUUCAGGACGAGAGGAAAUAAGGAACCUAGGAUGGAAAUGGGGGAGUGCUGGCACACUAUGAGGAAUGACACCAACAUCAUGGAACCCUUAAUGUACAAACUAUGGAACAGGAAACGAAUUUGCUCUGUAAACUUUCACCUAAUGCAUGAUAGAAGACCAAAAUAAAUAAAUCUCAGUGAUAAAAACCAAAAAACAAAAAGAAGAAGAAGUGGGCUCAAGGUCAAAUCCUGGGGCAUGUUAAGUUUUCAGCAAGUGCAGAGGAGUCCAUAAACGAGACUGAGAGGUAAGGGGAAACCAGGGAAGUCACAGUGUCAUAAAGGCCAAAUGGCAAUUCCAAGGACGGUGUGGCCAUGAGCUUACAAGCUACAUCAAGUACGAUCAUACUGGAGAAGUGUCUGGAAGAUGGAGGGCACUGGUGGCCUUGGCAAGAACUGAGUCAGUGGAGCAGGGGGAGAAGCCAGCCUGGAGUGGGAUGAGGAGGCAGAGGGAGGCAAGGCACGUACAGAGUUAAAAUUAGGCAACUCUAAGAAUGUAGCACAAACAGUUAAGUGCUCAACUACUAGCCGAAACAUUGGUGGUUGGAACCCAUCCAGAAGCACACUGGAAGACAGGCCUGGCAAUCUGCUUCCAAAACGUCACCGCCUUGAAAACUGUAUGGAGUAACUCUACUCUGUAACACAUCAGGUCUCCAUGAGUCAGAAUCAACUCAAGGGCAAAUAAGACAACAAAGAAUGUAGCUGUGAAGAGGAGAAGAGACAGGGUGGCAGCUGGGGAGGUUUUUAAAAGAUGGAUACAGGUGGCUGAAAGUGUCCAUCCUGAUCUCCCCAGUGUGGAAGGAAAGUGGAAGAGUGCAGAACCAAACGGAGUGUUUGGGGGAAGUUGUGGAGGGAGUUGAUAAGGGCCUGUGUCUGGGAGGGACAUUCUGUUCCUAGGUCAUUGGGGACCCUAUCAGGCUGGCAUUUCCUCCCCAUCCCCAGCCCCUUCCUGCCCUUUGCCAGGCCCUCCCCGGGGCUGGAAGACAGAAGGACCAAGUCACACCCUAGAAGAAGCUCUGUGUCUUCAGAUGUCUUUCUGCCUCUCUGUCCCCAUGCUUCUCCUCUUCUUGCUGCUCCUGUUGCCAAGCCCCUCACAUCUCCACUCCAUCUGUAAUGUAUCCGAAGUGGACAGCAAGGCGUUAGUGAACUGUCAGAAGCGGGGGCUGAAGGUGCUGCCCCCAGACCUGCCAACAGACACAGCCAUCCUGUACCUGGAUGAAAACCCGCUGGCCACCUUCUCCACGGCAUCCGUGGUGAAUCUAACUCACCUCAUCCAGCUGCACCUGGAGCACUGCCAGCUGGCCAACCUGCAGACUGAUGGGAUACUGUCACAGCUGAAGAUGCUGGAUCUAUCACACAAUCAGCUAAAAAGCCUGCCCCCACUAGGGCGGGCACUGCCAGUUCUCAUUAGCCUGGACGUCUCCUUCAACCAGCUGGCCUUAUUUUCAGGGGCCCUGGAUGGCCUGAGCCAACUGCAAGAGCUCUAUCUUCGUGGCAAUCACUUGAAGGCUCUGCCCCCAGGGCUUCUGGCAAGCACACCCAGGGUGAAGAAGCUCAAUCUGGCUAACAACGAGUUGGACGAGCUGCCCCCUGGACUCCUGAAUGGGCUGGAUGACCUAGACACACUCUACCUCCAAGAGAACUGUCUGCGCACAAUACCAAAGGACUUCUUUGGGGACUCCAUCCUGCCUUUCGCUUUCCUCCACAGCAACCCCUGGGUCUGCAACUGUGAGAUUCUCUAUUUCCGUAAUUGGCUGCGUGACAAUGAGCAAAAUGUCUACUUAUGGAAAGAAGGUAUGGAGGUCAAGGCCAUGACUCCCAAUGUAGCCAGUGUGCAGUGUGCCAACUUAUCUGACGUACCCGUCUACACCUACGAAGGGAAGGGUUGCGCCACCCUUGGUGAUGACUCUGACUAUGACAACUAUGAUGAUGAAGAGUACCAAAACGUUGAUAAGGUACCUGCCACCACGGCUGUGGUCAGACUCUCUACUGACACUGAAGCCCAUACAGAAUCUACUGCUUCUUCAGGUAACCAUACGCUCUACUCGACUCUACUCCAACGAUUCCCUAUAAUACAGACUACAUUCACAACCGAAGAGCCCUCAGAUUCCACCAUAUUCCCAAAUACCGCAGAAUCUAUCACAUUUUCUGAAAUUCCAAAACUCACUAAAGAACACACCACAACCGCAGCCACCCCAGAAAUGACUACUAUGCCAACCAGUCCAGAACCCACCUCACUCCCUACUACCUUUGAACCUUUCAACUUCCUGAACAUCCGUGGGGUGGCUCAAGGGAAUGUGGAUACUUCCAGAAAUGACCCUUUUCUCCACCCCGACUUUUGCUGCCUCCUCCCCUUGGGCUUCUACGUGUUGGGUCUCCUCUGGCUCCUGUUUGCCUCUGUGGUCCUCAUCUGGCUGCUGAUCUGGCUGCAGCGCCUGAGACCCCAGGCUGCAGCUGUGUACACCGCACAUCUGGAGCUGCAGAGGGGAAGGCAAGUGACCGUGUCCCAGGCCUGGCUCCUCUUUCUUCAAGGAUCACUCCCCACUUUCCGCUCCAGCCUCUUCCUCUGGGUACGGCCCAGUGGCCGUGUGGGGCCUCUGAUGGCAAGACGGCAACCCUCAGCCCUGAGUCUGGGUCGUGGUCAAGACUUGCUGGGCACAGUGGCUAUUAGGUACUCUGGCCACAGCCUCUGAGGGUGGGUGGUUUGGGGACCUUAGAGAGGCCCUGAGGAGCUUUCCUGUGGAGAUCUAGCUGUGGGUAGGUGGAUAAGGAGCCAAGCGUCAGGGGGAGGUCUUAAUUACUUUUUAUCACAAGCCUCCUCUUCACACCACAGGCACAGCAAACCAGGAAGGGCAGCAAGAUGG